UGUACUACUCUACCUAACUUUGAUUAAAGUUUUUUGGAAUUGUCGAAAGACGAUUGAAAAGUUCUAUAUACAGUCUGAAUAUCACGUAGUCUCGAUCAGUUUGUUUUUGGUUGUUAUUAAAGAAGAGAAGGAAGAGAUGUCGAGCAGUACUGCAGCUCAGGUCAUAUGUUGCAAAGCUGCUGUGGCAUGGGAAGCAGGGAAGCCGUUAGUGGUUGAAGAAGUGGAGGUGGCACCUCCACAGAAUAUGGAGGUUCGUAUGAAGAUCCUCUACACCUCCCUCUGCCACAGUGAUAUAUACUUUUGGGAAGCUGUGGGUCAGAACCCUCUCUUUCCUCGGAUCCUUGGGCAUGAGGCAGGAGGGAUUGUGGAGAGUGUUGGAGAAGGAGUGACAGAUCUUGCACCUGGUGACCACGUCCUCCCGGUCUUCACCGGAGAGUGCAAAGAGUGUGCUCACUGCAAAUCGAAAGAGAGCAACAUGUGUGAUGUUCUCAGGAUCAACACUGACAAGGGAGUGAUGAUUCACGAUGAGAAGUCCAGAUUCUCUAUUAACGGCAAGCCCAUUUACCAUUUCGCUGGAACAUCAACCUUUAGCGAGUACACUGUGGUCCAUGCCGGUUGUGUCACCAAAAUAAACCCCCUUGCUCCUCUUGACAAAGUUUGUCUUCUUAGCUGUGGAAUCUCCACAGGCCUUGGUGCCGCUCUGAAUGUUGCCAAACCUACAAAGGGCUCAACUGUGGCAGUUUUCGGACUUGGAGCUGUAGGCCUUGCUGCAGCAGAAGGAGCCCGAAUUGCCGGGGCUUCAAGAAUCAUUGGAGUUGAUCUGAAUUCUAACAGAUUUGAUCAAGCAAAGAAUUUUGGUGUGACAGAGUUUGUGAAUCCAAAAGACUAUGACAAACCAGUUCAAGAGGUGAUCGCUGAGAUGACCGGUGGAGGAGUGGACAGAAGCAUCGAAUGUACUGGGAAUACCAAUGCCAUGAUUUCAGCAUUUGAGUGCGUCCACGAUGGCUGGGGUGUUGCUGUUCUUGUGGGUCUCCCCCACAAGGAUGCUGUCUUCAAGACCCACCCCAUAAAUUUAUUGAGUGAAAGGACUCUUAAGGGCACCUUCUUUGGAAACUACAAACCCCGUUCUGAUCUCCCAUCUGUUGUAGAAAAGUACAUGAACAAGGAGCUUGAACUGGAGAAGUUCAUCACUCAUGAAGUCCCUUUCUCGGAGAUCAAUAAGGCCUUCGUAUACAUGCUAAAAGGGGAAAGCAUCCGGUGCAUCAUCCGCAUGUAAUAGAAUGGAAUGGCAUGGAAUAAAACUCAUGUAUCUUACCUUCUCGGUGCAAAUGCUAAAAAUAAAAAGAAAUUUUAAUGUUUAUGGUGCAUAAAUGUCCAAGCUACAUGAAGUCAUUUCUUCA